AUGUCUCCCAUAGUCAAAAGCCCAGAGUGCACCCCCAUGCUGUGCCACUGCAAAGUUGCCUGCACCAACAACACUUUGUCGUUGAUGUUUGGAUGUAAGUACCAUUACCAAGAGGAUGACUCACCACCUCUUGACCAGGGAUUCCCGCGGCUCACCAACGAGGUGCGCGCCCCUGAGCUUGUGCACGUAUCCGAGAAGAACCUGUCUGAGAUCGAGAAUGUGCACGGCUACGUGUCCCAUUCCCACAUCUCUCCUCUGAAGGCCAGCCCUGCCCCGAUAAUCGUCAACACAGACACUUUGGAUUCAGUUCCUUAUGUCAAUGGCACAGAAAUUGAGUAUGAGUUUGAGGAAAUCACUCUAGAGCGGGGUAACUCAGGAUUGGGUUUUAGCAUUGCCGGAGGGACAGAUAACCCACACAUCGGUGACGACCCUGGCAUCUUCAUCACCAAGAUCAUCCCUGGAGGUGCUGCAGCAGAGGAUGGACGUCUGAGAGUAAACGACUGCAUCCUGCGAGUGAACGAUGCAGACGUGUCUGAGGUUUCCCACAGCAAGGCGGUCGAGGCUUUGAAAGUCGCAGGUUCUAUUGUCAGGCUGUAUGUGCGGCGCCGCAGGCCAAUGCUAGAGACCAUCAUUGAGAUUAAACUCAUCAAAGGACCAAAAGGGCUUGGCUUCAGUAUUGCAGGUGGAGUUGGAAACCAGCACAUCCCCGGUGACAACAGCAUAUACGUCACUAAAAUAAUAGACGGCGGGGCAGCACAGAAGGAUGGACGACUACAAGUUGGAGACAGGUUGUUAAUGGUGAACAACUACAGUCUGGAGGAAGUGUCUCAUGAGGAAGCUGUGGCCAUUCUGAAGAACACGUCGGACGUGGUUUACCUAAAGGUGGGAAAGCCCACCAAUGUCUACCUAUCAGAUCCCUAUGGGCCUCCUGAUAUCACACACUCUUUUUCUCCAGCCAUGGAAAAUCAUAUCUCCUCCCCCAUCAACAGUGGCACUCUGGAGUACAAGUCUGGUCUCACCCCCAUCUCCCCUGGGAAUUAUUCCCCCCUCCCUAAGCACUUAGUGGGGGAAGAGGAUAUAAACAGGCCUCCUGAGCCAGUUUACAGCACUGUGAACAAACUAUGUGACAAAGCACCCUCCCCCCGACACUAUUCCCCAGUGGAGUGUGACAAAAGCCUCCUCCACUCCACCCCCCUCCCAAACUAUCACUUAGGCCUGUUCCCUGACUUGGACAUCACCAGCAGUCUUCGAGCUCUGUUGCCCGAGCAAAGCAUCACUGAGGCUUAUUGUCGAAACGCCGCGCUGCGAUCGUUGUCCACUUCUCUGUCCUCCACCAACCCUGAUCUGAGCAUGCUGAGACCCGACGACUCCCCCGAACUUAUGUACUAUCUCAACUGUCUGUACAGGGAACCCAGGAAGGUCGUGCUCCACAAAGGCUCCACAGGCCUGGGCUUCAACAUCGUGGGCGGUGAAGAUGGCGAGGGCAUCUUUGUCUCCUUCAUCCUGGCUGGAGGACCUGCAGACCUGAGUGGAGAGCUGCGGCGAGGCGACCAGAUCUUAUCGGUGAAUGGCAUCGACCUACGAGGAGCCACGCAUGAACAAGCAGCAGCAGCACUGAAAGGAGCAGGACAGGUGGUCACCAUCUUCGCUCAGUAUAGACCAGAAGAGUACGGGCGUUUUGAGGCCAAAAUCCAUGACCUGCGGGAACAGAUGAUGAACCACAGCAUGAGCUCUGGGUCAGGAUCCCUGCGAACCAAUCAAAAGAGAUCGCUCUAUGUGAGGGCACUGUUUGACUAUGAGAAGUCAAAGGACAGCGGCCUCCCCAGCCAGGGGCUCAGCUUCAGGUACGGUGACAUCCUCCACGUCAUCAACGCCUCGGAUGAUGAGUGGUGGCAGGCCCGACGCGUGACCCCGCAUGGGGACAGUGAGGAAAUGGGUGUCAUCCCCAGCAAGAGACGGGUGGAGAGGAAAGAGCGGGCGCGUCUGAAGACUGUGAAAUUCAAUGCCAAGCCGGGGUCAUUCGAUUCAAAAGGGUCAUUCAAUGACAAACGUAGAAAGAAUUUCAUCUUCACACGAAAGUUCCCAUUCUACAAGAACAAAGAGGGUGAGCAGGAUGGCAGUGAUUCAGACCGGAGUCAAGAGGAAGUCAUUCUCUCAUAUGAACCUGUGAUGAGACAGGAAAUUAAUUAUGCCAGACCAAUCAUAAUCCUCGGACCGAUGAAAGACAGAAUCAAUGAUGAUCUGAUAUCAGAGUUUCCAGACAAGUUUGGUUCUUGUGUUCCACAUACCACUCGGCCGAAGAGGGACUACGAGGUGGACGGACGAGACUACCACUUUGUGAUGUCCAGAGAGCAGAUGGAGAAAGACAUCCAAGAGCACAAGUUCAUAGAAGCGGGACAGUACAACGAUAAUCUGUAUGGAACCAGCGUCCAGUCUGUGAAAUAUGUGGCUGAAAGGGGUAAACACUGCAUUCUAGAUGUGUCUGGAAACGCCAUCAAACGACUACAAGUAGCACAACUCUAUCCCAUCGCCAUCUUCAUAAAACCUAGGUCUAUUGAUUCGUUAAUGGACAUGAAUAAGAGACUGACAGAGGAACAAGCCAGGAAGACGUUUGACAGGGCGAUGAAGCUGGAGCAGGAGUUUGGUGAAUUCUUCACAGCCCUGGUUCAAGGAGACACCUUAGAGGACAUUUAUAACCACUGCAAACAGGUCAUAGAGGAACAUUCAGGACCCUAUAUCUGGAUCCCCUCAAAGGAGAAACUAUAA